GGAGGCAGCGGGGCUAGCUAACGCUGAAGAGGAGGGACUGAAGACGCGGCUCAACAUCAGCACCAGCAACCGACCCGAGUCCCAAACACAGAGAAUACUGAAACGUACCCGCCGCUGUCCGCCAGAAAAUACGACGCGAGCGAGCCAAACGCCUGCAGGAAAAGAGUUCAGUGACCAUGUACGAUGCAGCGAGGGUGCCAUCUCCUAAGGAUGGUGCAAACGGGAUGGUCCUGCCCGUGGUCCCCGGAGCAGGAACAGCUACAGCUGCGGGAUCAGCAGGGCCGACGCCAACUGCAGCCCUGCAAGAUAAAACCGAGGAAGGACAGCCGGGUACUGAGGAGGAAGAGGAGGAGGAGCCCACAGCAGAGCCCGUCCUGGUGAAAAAGCCGCACAGAGAGAUUCUGGACCACGAGAGAAAGAGGAGGGUGGAGCUGAAAUGUAUGGAGCUCCAGGAGAUGAUGGAGGAGCAGGGGUACACAGAAGAAGAGAUUCGACAGAAAGUGAGCACAUUCAGACAAAUGCUGAUGGACAAGGAGGGCGUUAUCACCAGAGAGGGCUCACACACACAGCCAGUGGUCAACCACCUGCACUAUGAGCCUAACGAGUAUGAAGAGGACCCUCAAUUGGUUGGCUAUGAAGAUGGAGACUAUGACCACGAUUACCACAGUGACAACAGAGUAAAGAGGAAAUCAAGCAGCUCUCCAUCCCCUCGUCCAAAGAAAAGGAAGAAGAAGAAAUCUGGCCGCCGAAGGAGUCGGUUUGGCAGCUCCUCACCCACUCACAGAGAGAAGAAGAAAAAGAGUGGGAAGAAACACAAGCGAGACAGAUCUGCAUCUGGCUCCAGGAAAAAGAGGAGAUACAGAUCGGGCAGCCCAAAGAACAAACACAAAGACAAGAACAAACAGAAAAAAAGGUCCCCUGGUGAAACCCCCAGUAGGAGUUCACAGCGUCAAGGCAGCUGCUGUAGCUCCCGUAGCGCCUCCUUGUCCUCAACUCGGAGCACCUCCAAAUCCCCCGCCAGACUGAACUCCAAGCACAAGACGGACGGACAAAAGCCCUCCGGCACCUCGCUGUCCCCGGGCCCCAACACGCCCGCCACCUGGCACAACGGGGACCACACCCAGCGAAGCCGCAACGGCAAGGCCGGCAGACUCAACCACUCCGAGGGCGAGAAAGGGCACGAUAAGCUCCGUCUGCUGACUGCUAGCUCUGCAAGCAUCCGAUCCACUCUGCUGAGAGAGCACAAGCUCCACAGCGCCCCCAGCAGGAGCCAAAUGGGACUGAUGUGCGCAGCGGGAGAGGCUGCGAGUGUGGAUGGCAGGAACACAGCUGUAGGGAGCUCCGUAAGCCAGACGUCAGGGAGGAGAGGGACCCAGAGGGGCCAGAAUAAGAGCUCCCGCUCCCCUGCUCACAGCAGCGACUCGGCCCACUCCCAGCACAACCACACUCACAGAGGGAGGAACUCUCGUCACCAGAGAAAGACAAAAGGUGGCCACUCUUCCAAGCGCCACCACCGCUCGAGUCGGGGUCAAGCAAACCACCGGAGCCCGUCGGCAUCUCCAGGACGGCACUCACACACGUCGGGCAGGAAGAAAGAGGAGUCUCGGAGCAAACCCAACCUCAGACAGCGCAGCAGCUCCUGGAGCAGCGGGCGCUCGUCCUCGCACUCGGCCUCCAGAGACAGGGGCCCCAGCAAGGCCAAGUCCCCGCACAACAGACAGAACGCCUCCAGAGAGAAGGACAGCCCCAACCGCUCCGACACCGACAGCCGAGCCCGCCGCCGCUCACGCAGCUACUCGCCCAUUCGCAAAAGGAGAAGAGAUUCACCCAGCUUCAUGGAGGCUCGCAGGAUCACCAGUGCUCGGAAGCGGCCGAUCCCUUACUACCGGCCCAGUCCGUCGUCGUCCAGUUACGACAGCAGCCCGUCGCGGUCCAGCCGCAGCCGUAGCCGCAGCUACAGCAGCUACAGCCGGAGCAGAAGCCACAACCGGAGCCACAGCCGGAGCUGGAGUCGGAGCCGCAGCCAGAGCCGGAGCUGGAGCCGCAGCAGGAGUCGCUCCCGCAGCCACCACAGUUACUACAGCCGCAGCAGCUACGAAAGCCCCGGCUUCUGAGCGCAACAGACUGCACAGAAGGGAAACAAAAACCAACAGAGGAGAAGCCCCUGUUAAAUUUACUGUGCUCCGGUUCAGUCAUGGUGUACCUUUAACAAGCCCUCGACAGUGCCCGCACUGCUGUACAGUCCAGGACCCUCGACCUAGACCACUAUCCCUCUCUAAUGCAGAGCCUGGAUCAAAGAGGAGAAAUGUAUUUUGAUAUGGCACAUUACUAUAAAAUUGGCUGUCACUGCUCAUGUCUUCACAUAUACAAGGUAUUAAUGGAAAUGGGUUACCACAUGUCAAAACUUAAUUUGGUUGAGCUCAAAGAACAAAUCUUGCUGUAUCUUAGCACUUUCUUUCUCUUCUUCCACAAACAACCAAAAAUGAAGUUGUAGAAAACUACAUACUAUAUAAAUAUAUAUAUAGAUCCUAACAAUAGGAGCUGAAUAGAAGACAAAAAGAGGACACAUCAACGGCUUACUGUACAUUUCCCUCAUCAUGUACUCGUCUCCCCAAAGACUUCCGUUUCAUCAUCAAGCACAGAGAUCAACAAAAGUGAGAACAAAAGAGAAGUCGGCGGAUGAAAUGGGAAGCAAAAAAGAAAAGGAACUUUUUUUAUGAUAAAAAAAAAAUGUAUUGUAUAGGUUUGUCUGUAUAGAUGUAAACUCUCUUAAGUUCUGGCUUUGUAAACUAUGCACUGUAUAUUCCAUCCGAUUUGAGCAGGUUUGUUUAGCAUGGUGCAUCAGGAGAGCCUUGCUGCUCGAAGGAGCAUACCUGGCCGAAAUGAAAGGUGCCAGGGUGCAUCUGUGCUCCCCUCUGACACAUACACUAUGUCAGCCACCUGCAUACAAAGGUGAAUUAUGUAUUAUAUACUUUUACUCUCUUCCCUGUUUAAAUUAUUAUGUUGACUCCGCUAAUCCUGACUUUAUGUAUGAGGGUGUGUGUGUGUGUGUGUGUGUGUGUGUGUGUGUGUGUGUGUGCCUCCACUGCUAUGACCAGUGAGGUAAUUAUUUAUGCGUACACCACUGUAGCCUGCACUUCGGGCUGCUGUUUGGUACUGUACAGGAAUACUGUCUGCAAAAAGUCUCCACGCACACUUUUGUGUUGACCACAGCUAUUUAUAAUUCUACAGUAUUUAUUACUUUAUUUAUUGGGUUAUUUAUUGUUCAAUUUAUUUAUCAUUUUAUUAUUUACCAUGAGCUGUAAAGCAGUUGGAUCAUGCUUUGAAGAUGAGAUUGCUGUAUUCCCAUUUGAAAAUGUUCUGUAUAUGUCCAUGUUGCUCACAAAAUCGGUCUCUUAUUGUAGCUUACCAUCACUACUAGAUUAGCGAGAAGGGUGGGGAGUCACCGCUGUGUGUUUAAGAUGCUCUGAUUUUAGCCAGUAGAACUGAGCCUUCGCCCUCAGUUACUCCCACGACUGCCAUUAUUGUGUCCCCGGCCUAUUGUAAUGGUUCAUUUUAUUGCCUGUAUUGAGGAGCGUGGUAUCGGCCUCAAACAGAACCAAAACAUCUGUGUGAAGAGGAGUUCAUUAUUCUUAUUCAUAUUUCCAGCCACCACAUACUCUUAUCCCUUGUGUAACGGACCACACCAUGUUUCUUUCAGAGGUCCCCUGGUUACCAGCUUCAGGGAGAGAAUGUAUGUGAUGUGGACUAGCAUAGCAGAGACACCAGCAGGCUCUGUAAUGCCUCCUCUGUCUAGAGCUUCAGUAGUACGGUAAACAGACUGGCGAUACAAUCAGGGAUCACCCGAAGUCUUCCUUACCAUUCGUAAAAGUCUCAUGUCACUCACACAGUGUUGCAUUCCCAGUGUAACCAGACUUAACCCAACUAUGAUACUCUGCGAAGCUGUUAAUUUGUUCGAAGUAUAGCAUUGCCCCUUUGUCAUUCUUUGUAGUGUACAAGUUAUUAUAACUGACAAUAAACAGAA